AUGGCGUUCCUCGCGAAAUUCGUGGCUACAAAAUAUGUCGGUGACAAGCUGGAGGACAACUUUGGGCCCGAGAACCCGAGAUACGACAUCUUCGUCACCGAAGAUGGCCGGCGUAAGAAGCUCAAGAAGUCGUUGCCGCCAGGCCUGAGCGCUCAUGACGAGCGCGUCCUUAAGACGGUCCAGCGUAAAGCUUACCGGUAUGAGUGGUGGAUCGACUGUCAUUGCUGCUGCGGCCUCCAUAUUCAAUUUGGUACCGUGACCCUUUGGGGCCUGCUUCCUGUCGUGGGUGACAUCGUCUCACUCAUCAACGCCCUGACGCUCAUCCGCGCCGCAAGGAAGGUCCAAGGCGGCCUGCCGGCCCCAACCCUCGCGGCGAUGCUCCUCUGGGCCCUGAUCGACUUCGCCAUCAAGCUCAUUCCCAUCGUUGGUGACAUCCUCACGGCUAUUAUCAAGCCCAACACGCGCAACUGUAUGAAGGUCGAGGCCCUCCUGCGACAGAGGGCAAGCAAGAGGUCGGGCCCCGGCGCCGCCGCCGCCACCUCGGGCAGGAACGUCCCCGCCCCGCGCGGGGCCACCGCCCGCGCACCGCUGCUGGUCUCCUCGCAGCCCGGCGCGCAGACCCGCAUGGUCACCGGCUCUGGGCCCGGCGCCGCGCCCUCGUACGGCACGGUCCCCGCCGGGGGUGGGGCCGGGGCUACUGCUGCGUCGUCGGGCGCUGAGGACCGCAGGAGUACCCGCCACCUGCUGCCGUUCUGGAGGCGGAAUGAUGACUCCGACAGUGAGUCGGAUGGCGAGGCGGCGCGGUAG